AUGUCUUCAACAACCUCUCCAUGUGCAGCGUGCAAAUUUCUCCGGCGAAAGUGCACGCUAGAGUGUGUGUUUGCGCCAUAUUUUCCGCCGGACAACCCACAGAAAUUUGCUAAUGUUCAUAAAGUUUUUGGGGCUAGUAACGUGGCAAAACUCCUCAACGAACUCAACGUCAGUCAGCGAGAAGAUGCUGUAAAUUCGUUGGCAUACGAGGCGGAAUACCGGCUUCGCGAUCCUGUUUAUGGAUGUGUUGGACUAAUAUCUAUCCUUCAGCACAAGAUUAGGCAAGUCCAUAAUGAUUUGGCUACUGCAAAGAAAGAAUUGGCUACUUACAUUGGGCCUGCAGCCAUGCUUCCUAUGCUAAAUCAACAAGGUUUCAUGCAGCAGCAGCAGUAUCCGAAUUAUGCGGCUUCAGCUUUUCAGGCGAUGCCGUACAAUAUGCAGCCGAUGAUGGCGAUGCCUCCCGGAGUGUCACAUGGCUCGCAACUGAUGAUUCGGGAUCCCCAGCAGCAGCAGAUUUUGGAUGCUCAACAACUGGCUGCGGUGGCUGCCGCUGGGGAGCCGGAGAUGUUGAGGACUUAUGAGCAGCACCAACACCAGCAACAGGAUGAUUUAGUAAGGUAUAAUGGAGGGUUCGAUACCACAGGAGGGCCCGUGACUGCCACCGGAUUUACUCAAAUCACAGAUGAUGACGCCAUGCCGCCGCCUUUGGCCUUGGGUUCUUAUGAAAACAACCCUCUCCAUCACAUUCAACAGGAGGCACGGGAUCACUCGCAUUCUCACCAGGUUCAGCUUCAAUCCCAUGAGUUUUUCCUUCAGCAACAGCCACAAGAGAAUGCUUCAACUCACCAUUUACAGCAGCUAAUUCAGUUGCAGCCUGAGGAACCGAAGGCAUCACACUCGCAGCCACAGCAGCAGCAAAGAGCCAAAAGCGAAGAGGGCAGGAGCGUUAAUCAUUCAUGUUAA